CAGCGACCGGAAGUGUGGGCCGCCGGGGGCGGGGAAAGGAGGCGAAACCGGGAGCCCCCGGCGGGCGGCCUAUCAGAAGCGACGGUCCCAGCGGAGAGGGCGGAAGAGAUGGGAUGUAGUUCCGGACGCGGCCGCGCCGCCAUCUGUCACCUCAGCUCCGGGAGCAGCAGCCCGUCGCCCCAUCCCCGCCGCCUGUCUCCUCGGCGGAGGCUGCUUCCCAGUCCUGCCACCUGUCUGCCCUCUUCUUGUCGCUGGUUUCUGUUCCAACAUGGAUCUGGUCGGAGUGGCAUCGCCUGAGCCCGGGCCCGCAGCGCCCUGGGGACCCAGCAAGCAGAUAUUUGGGCAGGGCUGGCUUCGAGACUCUGACGUUUGAGGGAAAUCAGCACGAUCUUGUUUUUCACGGGCCAAGUGAGUCAGCCGAAUAACACACAGAAAGCCCGACGGAGAGGUCAUUUUGGCAGCUGUUUCCUUAACUUGACAAAUGCGGUUAUCCGACUGAGGCAGUUUUCUGUUUUUGAAGGAGUAAAAGUGUCCGUGGGCUACCCCUCAAAACACAAUAUCUUGUUCCUUGGCUGACGUAAUGAGUGAACAGCUAGCUAAAGAAUUGCAGUUAGAAGAAGAAGCUGCCACUUUCCCUGAAGUUGCUGUCGCUGAAGGACCAUUUAUUACUGGAGAAAAUAGUGAUACUUCCAGCGACCUAAUGCUGGCUCAGAUGCUGCAGAUGGAAUUUGACAGAGAAUAUGACGCACAGCUUAGGCGUGAAGAAAAAAAAUUCAAUGGAGAUAGCAAAGUUUCCAUUUCCUUUGAAAAUUAUCGAAAAGUGCAUCCUUACGAAGACAGUGAUAGCUCUGAGGAUGAGGUUGACUGGCAAGACACCUGUGAUGAUCCCUACAUACCAGCAAAACCAGUUCCUACUCCCAAAAAGGGUUUUAUUGGAAAAGGAAAAGACAUCACCACCAAACAUGAUGAAGUAGUAUGUGGGAGAAAGAAUACAGCCAGAAUGGAAAAUUUUGCACCUGAGUUUCAGGUAGGAGAUGGAAUUGGAAUGGAUUUAAAACUAUCAAACCAUGUUUUCAAUGCUUUAAAACAACAUGCCUACUCAGAAGAACGUCGAAGUGCCCGCCUCCAUGAGAAAAAGGAGCAUUCUACUGCAGAAAAAGCAGUUGAUCCUAAGACACGUUUACUUAUGUAUAAAAUGGUCAACUCUGGAAUGUUGGAGACAAUCACUGGCUGUAUUAGUACAGGAAAGGAAUCUGUUGUCUUUCAUGCAUAUGGCGGGAGCAUGGAGGAUGAAAAGGAAGAUAGUAAAGUUAUACCUACAGAAUGUGCCAUCAAGGUAUUUAAAACAACCCUUAAUGAGUUUAAGAAUCGUGACAAAUAUAUUAAAGAUGAUUUCAGGUUUAAAGAUCGCUUCAGUAAACUAAAUCCACGUAAGAUCAUCCGCAUGUGGGCAGAAAAAGAAAUGCACAAUCUCACAAGAAUGCAGAGAGCUGGAAUUCCUUGUCCAACAGUUGUACUACUCAAGAAACACAUUCUGGUUAUGUCUUUUAUUGGCCAUGAUCAAGUUCCAGCCCCUAAAUUAAAAGAAGUAAAGCUCAGUAGUGAAGAAAUGAAAGAAGCCUACUACCAAACUCUUCAUUUGAUGCAGCAGUUAUACAAUGAAUGUACGCUUGUCCAUGCCGACCUCAGUGAGUAUAACAUGCUGUGGCAUGCCGGGAAGGUCUGGUUGAUUGACGUCAGUCAGUCUGUAGAACCAACCCAUCCUCAUGGCCUGGAGUUCUUGUUCCGUGACUGUAGGAAUGUCUCACAGUUUUUCCAGAAAGGAGGAGUAAAGGAAGCCCUUGGUGAACGAGAACUCUUUAAUGCUGUUUCAGGCUUAAACAUUUCAGCAGAUAAUGAGGCUGAUUUCUUAGCUGAGAUAGAAGCUUUGGAGAAAAUGAAUGAAGAUCAUGUUCAGAAGAAUGGAAGGAAAGCUGCUUCAUUUUUGAAAGAUGAUGGAGGUCCGCAAGUCCUAUAUGAUGAAUAGCACGAACACCCACUGCUUUCAUUGUUAACACAGUGGUGAUUGUCAGCUGCCAAUGGCAAAUGAAGUUAUGGGUGACUUGAAAUACCAAAACCUAGGGAGUGUACAAUGGUGCUUCUGUGCUUUUUUCCCCCCUUGUAACCCAUAUGCCAGAUGUGUGGAAUUUGUAGCUCAGCGUUGGGAGAAUAAAAUGUCACUACCUCUCAUCUUAUGAACAGGAUAAAACAAUUCUUUAACAGGUAUAGGUUAUCUAGCUGAAAUCAACCUGAUUUUACAGGAUUUGUGUUAUAAAAUGUUUUGAUGAGAAUUUUUGAAACUUAAAAAGGUAACAUUUCCAAACAUGGGAGGAAAGGACAGGUGUGUUUACAAGGGAGGUUUUUAUUAAAACAUACUUGCCCUUUUCACCUCCCUGUUUUGUGUUACAUCUUUCCUCAAAUAUAUUAUUGGCCUAAAAUUAGCCCUUCUUAGUUUUUUUUUUCAGAUUGUGACCAUGAUUCUAAAGGAAAAUUUCUUCUCUUUAGUAGGUGACAUAAGUGGAAAUUUGGUUUUAAAAUGACUGACAGAAAUAGAAAUUUAUUGGUACAUCAUGAAUAUGAACUGAUUUUUUCUUUUCCAUACUCAUAUCCAAGACAGGGCAUCACAGAUCUCUGAAAGAGAAAAAUAUAUAAGAACUUCUUAACUAUUCAAAGUUUUUAAAUUUAACUUUCAGUUUUUCUACAUUUAGGUGAAGUGGUUAGGAUAGAAUCAUGGUGCAGCUGCUUUGCAUUUAUAGUGAAAAUGUAAAUUGUCUGGAAGGAUGCAAUAUAAUAACCAUGUUUGACAUAUUUUAAUGAAGUCAGUUAAACAAAAUUCAGUACAUUUCAUUCAAACUAUAUACUUAAUUGAUUUUGAGAGAAAUAGAGCAAUCUAAUUAGAAAUAUUAAAUAAUCACAUGAUGAAAAGUAUGUAUAAAACAACUUGGGUACCAAAUUAACCCAAGUAAUUUGAACUACUGGCCUCUCUUCAUAAUUUUUAGUAUUGGCCGGAUGUCACUUCUUAAAUAAAGCAAGCACUGUAGUGGAAAAGUACAUUGGCUUUGUUAGGGUUGAAGUUCAUUAACUAAUGUAAUCAUUCCUCCUAUUACUGAAGUCAGAUUGACUUUAGAGACCUAGACUUUCUGCUACUAAUAACCCAAACUUCCUGUCUGGUACUGGAAAGUAACAAUUUGAAACAUCAUUUACACUUGAAAGCUUCUUUAACAUUAUCUUAAAAUGCCAAAUAUGUUCUUUCUAGAAAAAUAUUUAUUUUUGUUUCUGUUAUAUAGUUUUUAACCACAUUUCAGAGAAGUAUGAUUUUGGAUAGAUACUCAUUACAUUUCUGAAAUGUUCACUAUGAAACAAGGAUUUAGAUGACUGGUGAUUAUUGGCUUUACAGAAAUUUCAGAGAACUGAUUUUAAAAACCAUGAACCAUUUAAAAAAAAUUUUUGUUUUGUUUUCUGACAUACUCUUUUGGCAAAGAGCAGCAAACCAUUGCUGUGUGGCAUUCUUGGAGUGUGCUGUGAACAUGCUUUUUAAGAUAUUAAAUACCAAGAAAGCAUUUUAGAAUUGGUUCUUUGUGUGGUUUCUUACUGUUCUUUAUGUUAACUUAUGUCGUGGCACCAAGUUACCCCUUCUGUAUAAAAUUAAGUAGUGCCAUCUUAAGUAGCUUUUUCCCAUUCAACUUCUCAUAUUUAGAUUUAAAUAAAUGACCUACUUCACAUUACAAUAAGUUUUUCUCUUGUGCAUCAGAGAGUAAAUAUUUCACUUAAGGGAAGAAGAAAGUGGGAAGUGUUGGUUUGCUAAGUAAAGACUCAAAAUAGGAAUGGGACAGAACCACAAUUUGGAAAUAAGGAUAUUUUGCUUCACUUUAUUGGAAGUAGAUACAUGAAUAUCUCUAAAUUACAGAAAUAAUGUAGAGGAUUUUUAUAUCAACAAAAUAAGUCUUUGCAUUUCCUUUUUAUAAAAAGUCAACUUUUCUGCUUAAGAAAGUAAGACAUGCAUGCUCAUUGGAAUUGAAAUAUUACAGGAAUUCAGAAAUGCUAAAGUUCCUUAUAUUCCAGAAACCAUUGUUCAUAGUGUGGCAUGCAUCCCUGCCAAUUUUUUUCUCCUUCAGCAUAUGUUAUUAUUUUAAAAUACCUGAACAGAAAGCAGGAUGCAGUGAGGCAGCAGCUGAUGGUGAAAUGUUGGUUAUGGUAGACCCCUAAGGAAGAUGAAGGACAUGUAGUCCCUAAGAUAUGUUAGAGGCAGGACAUUUUUUGCUGCUCAUUUAGGCUACCAGCAUCAGAAGAGACUGGUAUCUGUACCUUCCGAGAUUCUGAGCCGUUUCCCAGUACUUUAGAAAUUGGGGGUGAAGGGCACCUGGCUGGCUCGGUAGAGCAUGCGGCCCUUGAUCUCGGGGUUGUGAGUUCUUAAAAAGAUUGCUUAAAUAAACUUUAAAAAAAAAAAAAGAAAAAUUGGGGUGUGAAAGCUCGUCUGCUUUUAUUUUCAAACCUCAAUACUUAGUAUUUUGAGGAUAGGUAUUUUCUGUGGGAGUUUUGUAUGGGUUACAUGCAAAAUUAAAGAAUGGUUAAGUUUUCAAAGUU